AUGGCAAAAAAACCAGUAAUACCGAUUCAAAGAUAUUCAACAGGUGAUCAAUGUCUUAUUGCCCUUCUUUCUGAACCAGUAAAAUCAUAUAAAAUAAAGGAAACAAGUAUGAAAAAAAUUAAAAAAAGUGAAGAAUUGCUUCGAUCUAUUAUCUAUAAUGAACUAAUAUUUAAUGCUCCAAUAUCUUCAUCAUCAUCGACAGCAUGA